ACGAAAUUUGGCACGGAUCAUUAUCUAAGAUAAUAAUGUAAUAUCCAAAGAAAUUGUUUAGAUCGGAUUAAAAUAGCAUAUAGCUGUCAAACAAACUUAACGAUCGGAAUCAAAUGCCUUUUUAUAGUAGGAGGAAGCAACGGAAGCCGGAUUGCGGGACUUUAAUCCGCUAAACCUAACCUACUCUCAUCUCAUGUCUCUCCCACGGGACCAAAGGACAAAGUAUUACUGCAUGGAAGAGAAGCAGACAUUUAAGUUUCCUCUAUUGUACGGACUGACUGAUGCCUUAUCUGUUGUAAAUGUUUCAAUCUUGUCAUUAGAGCUGCCGCUUAGCUGACAGCUUUCUAUUUUAAAGAGGACUCGCACAUACAUAAGUGCAGUAAAAUUUUCCACCAUGAGAUUACCUCCAAGUGUAGUUCUUAGCUUUUCUCUUAUACUUGAAAACCGAGGGCAAUGAUAGAGUACGAGUUCAGAGUCUUCUAUACACGCUGUGCAUGUCGGAGAAUAUGAAUAUGACGAUAUUUGUAUAGGUAGCUUCUAAAGCAACCAGGGCCACUGAGUAUUUGAGUUAGGUCCAUCAUGUGUCCAGGUCCCCUUGUUAUCUACCUAUCCACGAAUGUACAUAUGUCCGGAAUCAGUUUGUGUCCACCGUCCUUUGCAUGAAGUUUACCACCGUUGCUGCCACAUUGCGCUGCUUUUGAUUUUCUCCUCUAUUUUUGCUGCGGUAGAUGUCUCUAAUAAGUAACAUAUAUGUAUUAUAUUCUCUCGAAUUUGUCUUUCUGGAUGUCAAUUGGCACCAUACUUGCUUUAACUGUCGUAUUUUCUAAGUGCUCGUUGAGUUUGAGUCUCAAGUCGACUAUGACACCCAGAUACUUCAACUGUGGCUGUGUAAUCUCACAUUCUCUUAUGGUGAGCGAUAUCUUUUCUUAGAUUUUCCUGGAGCUUAUGAGCAAAACCUCUUUUUUCUGCUCAGCCAGCUUUAGACUCAUGGUAGCCAACCGUCGGGGCAAACCAUUUAUGCAGUCAUUACAUUUGAUGCGGAGAUCAUCCAGAUAUUUAGCCACUGCUACAUACCACUAUGAGGUCAUCCUGAAUAAAGCGACUGCAAGGAGCCUUUUGUAUUUUUGAAUAGUAUUAUUCUAGCCCUUUUUGCCAUAAGAAUUCAUAACAUGCAAAAAAAUAUUGAAAUGACUCAAUACUAUUAGGGUGCGCCUUACAGAAGUAAAGUAACUUGAGCUAAACUUAUGGAGACUGAAAAUACUUAAUUAAUAAUAUAAUGUAUAUAUUUAUUCAAUAAAUACCGAAUUUUUGCUUGCCCAGCAGUGGAUAGGUAUAGAUUUUCGUUUCUAUAGGAGAAAGUAAAAAUAAUUUGAACUUUGAUCCCUGAAUCACACAUCUCACUUAAGAUCACCGUUUUGGAGCGACUAAGCAGAAAAACAAAAAAUUUUCAGCUGCUUACAUUGCUUACUUUGGCUGCAGUAGCCGCUAGGUAGAUAGAGUGGCUGUCUAAUGACGCACCUAGAUGUUUAGAAGGCCCAUUGUGAUACCACUCUCCCAUCUGUUGACUCCUCUCUGAACAACCCCGUGCACUGAUAAAAUUCAUCAGCACGAAAAGUUUUAUCUGCGAGAGGUCGGAGAGAAACUAUCGACCGAUAAAUGCUAUUAGUUUCUAUAUAGAGCCUUAUAACCGCAUGGAAGUUGUUUAAUUGUCUGCUCCUCAUCUACCUCCUGACAGCUUCUACAAUAGUCGUUAUUUGGCGUUACAAUACAAUAGUCGUUUGCCUGCUCGUCUCGCAAGUCAGGAAUUGAUUCCACUGAGACUCGUUUAUAUUUAUAACAUGUUUGUCGAUUUAACAUCUGCAAGUGACCACUAAGGUUGGACGAGGCUUUAUGAACUUGGUGAUUUUUGUUUGUUAAAAAAAAAUGAUCAGAGAAUUUGUUCGCAAAUUCCUGUCCAAAAACAAUAAUGUAAUUAUGCCCCGGGCUCCAUAUUCGCCAGAUAUGACUUUUUCCUAUUUUCAAAAAUUAAGUUCGCCUUAAAGACUAUCGUUUUACAAGCAUAUAUAUGACAUUAAAAGCGUAUUACUUAAAGCGCAAAAAGAAACUCGAGUUUAAGAAGUGUUGUGACGAUACUCAGAAGCGCUGUCAUAAGGCAUAAUAUCUUAUGGGUACCGUUUUGAAGCCGACAACAUUGAUGUAGGCAAAUGAGUAAAUAUUAAGAAAAAAACAGGCAAAUUUUCGUUAUUUUUGAAAACACCCCGUAACUGCUUACCAAUUUAAAAAAUUUUAAUAUCGUACACAUUGUAAUCCCCCAAUUCCAAUUGAAUAUCAUUCGAAAUUUUGUUUUUCAACUGGUUAUAUUCAAUCAAGUUUUUGUUUACUUUUUCUUUCUGUUAACAUUUUCAAACGAACAGAUUUGUUAUAUUAUUUUUUUAAUACAUAUAUAUUGUUUUUGUAUAUUUAUUUUUUAAUUUCUAAAGACUUUUUUUCAAUAUUUUUUAACGGUUUUUCGGAUCUUUUAAUGCGACGAAAAUGUAUCGGAAAAUUUGGCACAAACCUCUGCAUCGUCGAAAGAUUAAACAGUGGAGGCAGCUGCCGUUCUUUAGCAAAAUUAUUUACUACCAACAGCCCUUUAUCGAUCAUUUGGUUAACACUUGGCUGGAGCCAUUACCUUUUCCGACAAUACUCAAGGUGUUGGUCACCUUCAUUUUGGCAAUAUUCAUCCUGCUACCGAUCUUAUAUCCAGCGGUCAUAUUCAUUUGGUCCUACGCUGAAGUGCAGUAUAUCAUCGAAAACCACUACGACAUAGCCUUCCCGGAUAAACUGAAUGUGCUCGGCUAUCUGCACCGCCUCUACACCUUUCGCAUUGCCAAUGAAAAAUACAAUCUCUUUCUGGUGUUGUAUUUGGAGCGCUGGCGCAUAGUGGGCACGGCGAUCGCCUCAACAAUUGACUAUAUACGGCUGGCGCUGUGUCUGGUCUUCAGCACGCAAUAAAGAAACUAUUUUAUUUUAUAUUACUGGCUAUAAAAAAAAAACAAUUAAAAAAUGAAGUAAAAAAUAAAGAAAAUGAAAUAUAAAAUAAUAUAAAAAAUAUUAA